AUGGACACAACUCCAGAUUGUUAUGACGCUUUCGACGAAUCGCUUUCAUCUAAUUCAUGUUCAUUGAAUGAUAGAUAUCGUUUUCAUUGCACAUCCGAGAAAAAAUGUCUAUUACUUACCAUGGUAAAUAAUAAUGUACAACAAUGUAUUGAUGGAGAAGAUGAACCCGAUAUGUAUGAACGGUAUACACGUUCAGCUAACAUUUCUACAGAAAUUACUCGAUCACAACAUUGUCCACAUAUUCAAGAACUCGUUGAUCAACAAAUUCUUGAUUAUCCAAUUCUUCGUCGAGUUAAAUACUAUCAUCUUCCAUGCAUGAAAGAUUCUGAUCUUUUUUGUUUUCAUGAUAAUGAAACAUUCAUGUGUCUUUGUACAGAAAAAAGGCAUGCCAAUUGUUUUCAUUUUGAUUUCAAUAUGUCUUACGAUUGUAUGGGUUGGAACGAUUGUCAAAAUGAAGGACAAUGUUUUCAAGAUCAUCCAACAUGUCCAACAAAGACGAUGUGUGUCUGUCGAGAAUGUUUUUAUGCUACAUUUAUUAUGGAUUCAGGACCAUUUAUUGACAUAAUUCCAACAAUAUUAAAAUAUUUAGACUUGAAAAGUCUUAUUCACUUAGCUAAAACAUGUUAUUUUUGGAAAGAACGUAUCUAUACAGAUGUAAAAUUAUGGCCAAAAGUGAUUGAAUUACCGUAUAUUGGUUGUAUGAAUAAUUAUGUUGGUGUACAUAAUAUUCUUGAACAUGUAAUUGAGGCAAAAUUAUGGUCAAUGAUUCGACCACCAGAUGAUCCAAAAGCUUUGGAGAAAGUUUUAGAGAAAAUGGCAUCAUCAGAACAGAGUAUACAACGAUUUAAAUUAGCCAAAAAGGUUCUAUUCAAAAAUUUUAUUCAUACUAAUGAAUCAUUACGUCUUACAGCUUUAUUAUUUCCUUUGAUUGAAGAAAUUACUUUUGAAGGUAAUCUUUUAUCAAUUAUUGGCGUUCAAUACAUAGCUGAAUCAUGUAGAAAACUUAAACAUAUUGAAUUUUAUCAAUGUGGUAAUCUUGACAUAGGAAAUGCUUGUCGUUUAUUUAACAAUGAAGAACAUAAAAAAUAUUUAGAACGAAUUUUUAUUUAUAAUGGUUUUUGGUCAAAAUAUACAAUAAAUUUUCCAACUAAAGAUGAUUUACCAUUUAUGGAAUUAUGUCAACGCUGUGGUUUAUAUUAUAAUCAAUUAAAAAAUGAAAAAGAAAUGUUAUGUCUUUAUCAUCCAGGAACAUAUAGAGGUUAUGGUCAUAGUUAUUCAUCAUACAAUUGUUGUGGUAGCAAUACACCUAGAUAUCCAUCAACAUUAGGUUGUCAAUAUACUUAUCAUGAGAAAUGUUCUAAUACACUAUCAUCAAAUCAGAGACAUUAUUAUGAAUUGCAUGAUGGUCAUCCUGAAUAUAUGUUUCAAAAGUAUAAAGAUGUGAAAUUUCUAUUGCAAUUUACUGAACGACGUCGAUUAGAUAAAUGUUAUGAAAAAUGGAAGAAACAGGAAUAA